AUGGUUCUUGAUCAUCUUCUUAACCGGCGCAACCUGGAGACUAUUGAUUAUGUAGAAUGCUUACUGACAUUGUCCGAGGCACUGGACUUCACCAAAGGCUUAAAUAUCAUGCAGAGUGCAUUAGCCCUGCUUAUACCCGCUUUUCUUGCUGCGAAGAAGCUCUCUACCAUUAGAGUAGUAUGGCUCCCUAUGAACUUUGUCGCUGGCGAUCUGUCUUUCCUGGUGCAGGCCUCAAGGCGCGUGACUUAUGGCUCGAUGCUCAGACCGAUCUACCGGCGAAUGUAUUAUCACUGGCGGUCUCUUUUGAAAAAAUCACCUUAUUCGGCGUGCUGUUGUGUUUCAAUCUUGCACAUUCACGGCCGCGGCCGCUCGUUCGAUCGAGUUGCAGAGUCUUUAGACACGCCAUAUGAGCGCUCUCUACACCGCCAGUAUUUUAACCCUGGUUCGCUCACGGUGAUAAGUAUAAAAGAAAUUGUUUGA